CGGCUGGGUCGGCGGGGGACGGGCACUGGGUUGGCGUCGCGCAGCCCCGGGUGUCCUGAUCGGGUCUCUCUUCACGCCUCACUGCGGCGUCGCGACGAGUCCCCGAGAGCUCGGCGGGGUGUGGGGAGGUUCUUACAUUCAACAGCCUCUUGGACAUCUCCCCCAGGAUGUUCUCAAGGCAUACAAGAAUUAAAUUCUGAGUAAGCCUACAGGUAGAAUGGACAGUUACUUCAAAGCAGCUGUCAGUGACCUGGACAAACUUCUUGAUGAUUUUGAGCAGAACCCAGAUAAACAAGAUUAUCUCCAAGAUGCACAGAAUGUAUAUGUUUCUAACCACUGUUCAGUUUCUUCAGAGUUGGCUUCUCCACAGUUAGCUUUCCUCUUGCCAAAGGACCAAAGAUGUGUUGGUAGUUGUAUCUCACCAGAAACGUGCUGUGAAGCAAAUGAGACUUUCCUCAACGAGAAAGCACGCGAGGGGUUAACUUCUAGACAGAAUGAAAAAAAUGUCACGGGACUCGACCUUCUUUCUUCUGUAGAUGCUAGUGCUUCAGAUGAAAUCCAGCCUUCAUGCAUGGGAAGAUGUAGUAAGCCUGUCUGUGACCUAAUAAGUGACAUGGGUAACUUAGUACAUGCCACCAGUAGUGAAGAAGACAUUAAAAAGUUAUUGUCAGAUGAUUCUAAGUCCAGUGUAGAUGCUUUAAUCGCAUUGGAUUCGUCUUCAGUUUCAGACAUCCUCACUGUUUCUUUAGCCGACCAUGGUAGUGAUGCUGUUGGAGAAAACCAGAAUGACUCCAGCCCACAAAGCAGAGAUUUUAGUAGGAUUAAAGAAUUGGAUGUGAAAAUAGACACAGCACUUUCUGAUUCUUGUAAAUAUAGUGGAGCAGAAAAUUUAAAAGAUGAAAAGAUCCCUAAUGAGUUAGAGACAGUUGAUUUUGACAUGUCAUUUGCUUUGACUGAACAAAAUUCUGAAACAUCUAAUGCCAAAGAUAACCCACAGUAUAAGAGGCUACCAUGUGAGUCUUUAAAAGAUACCCCACAGUAUAAGAGGCUACCAUGUGAGUCUUUAAAAGGUGAUGGCUCUUUAGCAGAAGAGGGAGUAGGUGUGGCAGUCAUAAAUACAGAGUGUUCAGAAGAAGGAGAUAAGACAAUUGCUUUGCCUUGUAAUCUUCCAAAAAAUGAAGGGAUAUGUCUAAGUGACACAGAUUCAAAAGAUGAAAAUUUCAAGUUACCUGGCCCUUCCUUUCUGGAAAACAAGGCUGCUGUAUUCAUGAAACAGUCUGUGAAAGAAGACUCAAGAAAUGUAGACCUUAAAGGUACUAGUGAUAUAGUCCAGGUUUCCUCUCCAUCUUCACAUGUUUCAGAGGAAGGUGCGCCCUCUUCCCCGUCCUGUCUCUCAUCAUCUGGGUUGUUGUGUGAACCGUUAAUUGACGAUGAUGUGCAUGGUGAUUGUUUACCUCCUGAAGAGUCUGAAGAUCGGAAAGAUGAGGUAAUGACUGUACCUGAAGAAAUACAGAAGAGUGCUGUUUUAGACGGGGAGACAGAUCUUUUGAAAAAGGAAAAGUGUAAGAGCAUAUUUCUUCAGCCAGUAACUGAAAAGAAAGUGGAUGGAAAGUUUGAACCUGAGCAGAUGGUAAUCAGUGGUGAAUCUUUGGAAUACCCUGAGGAUUCCAGCUCUUCCUCAGCUUCAGAGUCUCAAAUGGCACUCUAUGCUUCAAAUGCUCCAGAGUCUCCUGACGGAUGUGAAGGUCUCACCUUUGCCAGCAGUGACAUGGAUGGGCAGGAGUUAGAUUACUUUAAUAUUGACGGAAGCAUGAGAAGUGGCACACUAAUUAGUGAUGCUGAACUGGAUGCUUUCCUGAAUGAACAGUGUCUUCAGAACCCUAACACAAUGUCUUUUGAAGAAAGCGUAAGUGGUUCACAGUCUCAGCUGAAUCAGAUAGAUGUGCAAGGACUAAAGGGUGGAAAUGUGGGCAAUACGGAUUUCAGUGCUGAAGCAGGGGCUGCUGGUGGAAAUGCAGGCAAUACGGAUUUCAGUGCUGAAGCAGGGGCUGCUGGUGGAAAUGCGGGCAAUAUGGAUUUCAGUGCUGAAGCAGGAGCUGCUGGUGGAAAUGGAGGCGUUGUGAUUUGUGAAACAAUUGAUAAAGAAAACACCCAAGUAAACGGUGGUCUUUCUGUAGGAGAAAGCAUAGUUCCAACUGAAAGAGGGAUAUCUACCAGUAAGUCUGAUGUAGUGAAUGAAUUGCCAGUGCCCAGUAUUAACACCCAAGCUGUUGGAGGGGCCAGACCUAAGCAGCUGCUUAGCCUUCCGCCAGGACCAAGGAGUUCAAAGGAACUGAAUAAACCAGAUGUUCCAGAAGGUGAGGCAAGCAUAGCAGAUGCUGUUGCUGCAUCUGUUUGCUCUGCCGACCAUAUACCUGAUUCUCAGGCUAGCUUCAAUUCCAAUUACAUUGACAUAGAAAGUAAUUUUGAAGGUGGAUCCAGCAUUGUAACUGCAAACAAGGAUUCUCUGCCUGAAAACAUUUGCAAAGAAGGCUUGGUUUUGGGCCAGAAACAACCUACUUGGGUUCCUGAUUCAGAAGCUCCAAACUGUAUGAAUUGCCAAGUCAAAUUCACUUUCACAAAACGGCGACACCACUGCCGAGCAUGUGGGAAAGUAUUUUGUGGUGUCUGUUGUAACAGGAAAUGUAAGCUUCAGUAUCUAGAAAAGGAAGCAAGAGUGUGUAUAAUCUGCUAUGAGACUAUCAAUAAAGCCCAGGCAUUUGAAAGGAUGAUGAGUCCAGUUGGUUCUUGUCUUAAGUCUAACCAUUCUAAUGAUUGUGCCACCACCCAGCCACUUCAGGAGACCCAGACAUCCAGUAGUCCUUCACCUACGACUGUGCCCACCUCAGCACUGAAACAGCCAAAUGUUGAAGGACCGUGUUCCAAAGAACAGAAGCGAGUGUGGUUCGCAGAUGGCAUUCUGCCUAAUGGUGAGGUUGCCGAUACAACCAAACUAUCAUCCGGAAGUAAAAGAUGUCCUGAUGACUGUAGUCCUGUCUUACCUGAUGUAUCCACAGUUGUAAAUGAAGUGGAUCAUACCCAUUCUGUGGUGGAAAAGCCAAACAAUGAAAUAGGAGAUCUCACAAGAACUGAGAUAACCCAGAGUCCUGUUUCUCAUGUACCUGUGGAAAAACUGCCUCUGAGUACAGGCACUGAAGGCUUGCCUAUGCCUGGCCCUUUCACACUAGAAGAUGAUGUUUUUGUAGACAGCGAGGAGCCGUCUACUUCUGCUGUUGUGCCUGCUCAGCUGGGUUCGCCUGUGGCUAGUGUCUCAGAUUACAGAUUAUUGUGUGGCAUUGCCACACACGUCCGCACCAAGAUUAGUCUUCUACCUGAAGACGAGGUUGGUCUGCCACCCCUUCUGACCACAUCUGGAGAAGAGGGAUCAGUGCCUGUGAUACAAGAACACCCAUCUCAUGAGCAGAUCAUUUUGCUUCUUGAAAGUGAAGGAUUUCCUCCUGCCACAUUUGUUCUCAAUGCUAACCUACUUGUGAAUGUCAAGUUAGUAUUUUAUGCCUCAGAUAAAUAUUGGUACUUCUCAACCAAUGGAUUGCACGGCUUGGGACAGGCAGAAAUUAUUAUCUUGUUGCUAUGUUUGCCAAAUGAGGAUACAGUUCCUAAGGACAUCUUUAGAUUGUUCAUCACCAUAUACAAGGAUGCUUUAAAAGGAAAGUACAUAGAAAACUUGGACAAUCUGACAUUUACUGAGAGUUUUCUCAAUAGUAAGGAUCACGGAGGGUUCCUGUUUAUUACACCUACCUUUCAGAAACUUGAUGAUCUCCCAAUACCAAGGAGUCCUUUUCUCUGCGGUAUUCUCAUCCAGAAACUGGAGAUUCCUUGGGCAAAGGUUUUUCCUAUGCGCUUAAUGUUGAGACUGGGAGCAGAAUACAAAGCAUAUCCUGCUCCUCUAACAAGUGUCAGAGGCAGGAAGCCUCUUUUUGGAGAAAUAGGACACACUAUUAUGAACUUACUUGUUGAUCUUCGAAAUUACCAGUAUACAUUGCAUAACAUCGAUCAGUUGUUGAUUCAUAUGGAAAUGGGAAAAAGCUGUAUAAAAAUACCUCGGAAAAAGUACAGUGAUGUAAUGAAGGUGAUAAACUCUUCUAACGAGCACGUCAUCAGCAUUGGAGCUAGUUUUAGUACACAAGCAGACUCUCAUCUGGUGUGUGUACAGAGUGAGGGAGUUUAUCAAACUCAGGCCAAUAGUGCCACUGGUCAGCCCAGAAAAGUGACAGGAGCAAGUUUCGUGGUAUUCAACGGUGCUCUGAAAACAUCUUCAGGAUUUCUUGCCAAGUCCAGCAUAGUUGAAGAUGGGUUAAUGGUACAAAUAACUCCAGAGACCAUGGAUGGCUUACGGCUGGCUUUACGAGAGCAAAAGGACUUUAAAAUCCCUUGUGGGAAAGCUGAUGCAGUAGACCUGAGAGAGUAUGUGGACAUCUGCUGGGUGGACUCGGAAGAAAAGAAGAAUAAAGGUGUUAUCAGUUCAGUAGAUGGAAUAUCAUUAGAAGAAUUUCCAAGUGAAAAAAUAAAACUGGAAGCAGACUUUGAAACUGAAGAGCAGACCUUGAAGUGCACCGAGGUGUUCUACUUCCUAAAGAACCAAGAUAUAUCUGUUUUAUCAACUAGUUAUCAGUUUGCAAAAGAAAUAGCCACGGCUUGUAGUGCUGCCCUGUGCCCUCACCUGAGGACGCUGAAGAGUCAGAGGAUGAACACAAUUGGACUCCGAGUUUCCGUCGACACUGACAUGGUUGAAUUUCAGGCAGGCUGUGAAGGCCAGCUUCUGCCUCAGCACUACCUGAACGAGCUCGAUAGUGCACUGAUACCUGUGAUCCACGGUGGGACCUCCAACUCUAAUGUGCCCAUAGAGAUAGAGCUGGCAUUUUUCAUUUUAGAGAACCUUGUUGAGUGAAUGAAUGUGCUAUGUUAUAUGCUGCAAACUGACCUGUUAAAAUGAAUCCCAGCACUAAAACUAAAAUGUUACAAACACUAAAUGUUUGAUAAUUGAAAUAUAUAAUUCUGCUUUUUAGGCAGGAAUGAUUUUUCAAAAUCAUUAGCACAAUAUUUAAAUGUCUAAAAAUUUAAGGAAUCCAUCAUUUUUAUAGCUUUAUGUUUAAUAUAAGAACUAAGAAGAAAAAUAGAUCUUCUAACUUAAAAUUUAUAGUAUUUACUGUGUGACUUAAAUGUUAAGCCAAAGUAUCUGCGCUUAGUUAUACCUCUUUCUGCCAAGGAUGGUUUAUGAAGGGACACCUGGUUUGUUUGUUUUUUUUUUUAAAAACCAAAACCACAAAAUAUUUAAUGGAAUUAUUAUUUUAGAAAACUGAGAAAAGGGACACCUGGUUUGUGUGUACACAAAUGAGAACAUGGUUUGGAGUCUUUCAAAUGUAUUUCAGUAGUGAAGACCAGUAAGACUCUAGACUGCUAGUUCUUUGAAUAAAACCGAUAACUUAUUUGUAUAAAUGGAAUGGUUGGAUAAACUGAUUAAACUAGAAUUUUGCCUUUAUUUCUUCACAAAUUAUUAUAUAUAUACAUACACACAUAAAUUAUAUAUAUAUAUCAUUUUUCCUGAUUAUAUAUAUAUAUAUCAUUUUUCCUGAUUAAAAUAAUUGUGGGUGCUUCAGGACUUUGUGCUUCUCUAUUUAAGUCUGUUGUUUCCAUAGCAACAUAUGAUUUGAAAUGUGUUUUACAAAUCUUUGCUAAUAUACAUAGGUAAUAUUUUUGUAUCACAGUGCUUUUGCUUUCUCCUUCUUUACAAAAUCACACCACUGUAUUUGACACUCUUCAGAGGACAGCAGGCCAGAUGACCCAUGAGGUAGUCAUUGUGUAGCAAUAACUGAAGCCUCAAACAGGUUUCUAUUAUUCCGUGUUAAUCCUUAAGUAUUUCUUGAUUGGCCCCAAUGUAUGAAGUAUAAAUUUUAACAAACUUGUUACUUUUGCAUAUUUUUAAUUCUUUCUAUGGCAGUUAUUUUUAUAAUGGGAUAUUUAACAUAAAGUUAAAGGCUGUGAUAGAGCUUUCUUGUUUAAUUCAAAUAGCAGGAGAAAGAAACGUGUGUCGUUUAACUUAUAUAAAAUGUAAUCAUUGUUUUGAUGCUUUUUUUAUUAUGUGGAAUAUAUUUUUUGUAUCAAAAACACUCACUGUAUAUAUAAAGAAAAACCACACUAAAUAACCCUGUUUUAAAAAGGAUAUUUAUAAAGCCCUGCAACCUAGAGAUCCAGUCAUGUCUGUAACUCAGGAGCGAAGGUCUUAGGACCAGAGCUUUCAUCUUAAUCACACUUGGAGCAGCCAAAGACAUUUGAGGAUAAUAUCCAUAAAUGAUGUGACGUGUGACAAGUAGUAAAUAAAAUGUCAACAUAAAACUCUCUACAGUUAUUGAAAUGAUGCGCUAUAAAGAUAAUAUAAAAGUGA